UAUUAUAUAUAGAUAAAAAAGGUAUAAGAGUCUUUUGCCAUUUAAUAAAGAAUGUUUUUUUGAAAAUGUCUUUUUAGUAGUGGUAAAGAUGAAAAGUGGUAUCAUAAAAGUGGUAAACAUAAAAUUUUCCCAAUAAUCUUCUAAGGUCAUCUUCAACAAGACAACAAAACACCAAAUUUAGUGUAAUUUCAUGGGAAAUUGCCACAAAUACCACAUUCAUAGUAUUAUUUUUAUGUUUACACUAACCACUUUUAAUAAAGGGUUAAAGACAUUUAUACUUCUACGGUUAACUAAUUUAGACUUAAGGUUUAUAGUUGAGGGCUGGGAUAUGAUUUUUGGAAUGUGAAAUUUAGGAUUCUAAUAAAUAUAUAAAUAAAUACUUAAAAAGUUUAAUUUUUUUUUAAGAAAAUAGUUUUAAUUUUUAGAUUUUAUUUUUUUGCUGACAAUAUUUAAUUUUAAAUUUUAAUUCAAUUAUAUGUAAAAAUAAGGAUAAAAUAAAUAUUUUUAUUUAAAUUUAUAGUUAAUAAUAUAUAUGUAUGUAUUUAAAAUUAUAAUCUUGGAAAUAUUUUAAUCUAUUUGUUUUUGUUAAAAUAAAUUAAAACAAAUUCUAUAAAGUUAAGAAAAUUUUUUUGUUAGGUAUAUAACUAUAAAAAUGCAAAACAAGUAAUAUUUGGGAAAUUGCCAAAAAAACACAUUCAUAGUACCAAUUUUUUAUGUUUACACUAACCACUUUUAUCCUCACUUUUAAUGAAGGAUAAAAGAUAUUUAUAACCCUAGGGUUAACUAAUCUAGACUUCAGGUUUAGAGUUGAGAGGUGGGGUAAGAUUUUUAGAAUGUGAAAUUUAAGAUUCUAAUAAAUAUAUAAAUAAAUACUUUAAAAAAUAUAAAAUUUUUUUUAAAUAUAGUUUCAAAUAAUUUCCGAUUUAAAAAAAAAAAUUGAAAAAAAAAACGGAAUAAUAUACUUCAAUUACUAUCAAACUUGUAAUUAAACUUAAAUAUACUAUAUAAUUUAUAUUUUAAAUUUAUUUUCAAAUAAUUAAAGUAUUAAAUAUUAAAUUUUUAUUUAAAAAUAAAUUAUUAAAUGACCAUUAUUAUUUAUCACUGACAAAUAAUAAAAAUAUAAAUAAUAAUCUAAAUGUGAUAAAAUAAUUAUUUAUCAAUCAUAAACGAUAAAGAUAUAAAAAAUUUAAAACUGAAAUAUCAAAUAAUAUAUAUUAUUACUUUUAUUGUAAAAUUUUGGUGUCAUUGUUAGAGCUGACAGAAAAUAUUUGACACCAAAACACCAAAUUUGGUGUAGUUUUCACAUCAAAUUUGGUGUCAUUAUUGGAGAUGCUAUAAGAUUAUAGAAUACUAAGACUUUUGAUUUCCAAAUUAUUUAAAAUAAAAAGAUUAUUUUUAAUAGUUAUGAUUAUUCUUAAAAAUUAUAAAAUUAUAAAAAUAAUAUAUAAUUUUCAUAUAAUGGUUAUACUCGCAACCACCUAGUAUUUUGUAAAAGAUGGAGGAAUCCUGUGAUUUUCAAGGGUAUUACUGAUGAUGGUGAGCUUGUUUCUGCACCAUCUAUAUUGUCAGGAUCGUAUUGUAUUAUAUAUUUCAAUCCUGAGGAGAAAUAGUAUUAGAGAAGCCUUGUUUGAAGGAGUCAAGGGUGAGACGCCGUUGUGGACUUGCUCCGUCAAGGAGUCUUCUUCCUUUGUAGAACCACCACCUUUGUAGCCCAUUGCUCUCCAGUUUUACUUUGUUCUUUGUUUCUCCUUUCAAUGACAGUUAGUUUUUUCAAUUAAAUUAUUACUCUUUUCUUGUGUUCCAUUAACUGUGCACCUCAGUGUUACUUUUUUUUGUGAUUCAUUCAGUUCUUGCCUGUGCAGUUACUUAGAUUUACUCUCAAGCCACAAGAAUCACUUAUAACUGAAACAGAUCUUUAUUUCUUAACAUGAUCAAGAGUCAGACAGUGAUCAGAAAAGCUGUAAAAUCAACUACGUACAUUGCUUAUUUUUUUGUCUUCUUGUGUUGUCUUUUUUCUUAACGAUUAGUUUAGCUAAAAUUGGAUGUAUAUAUCUCCCUACAGAGAUCGCUGCAAGUCGAUCGUUCUACAUUUAUUGUUGUAAGCCUCAAUGUUUCUUAUUUGUUUAUUUAUUUAUUUGUUUCUUUAGGUUUUAGUUUUUUUUCUUCAUAGGGAAACCGUUUUGCUAAAUUGAUUGUCGCCCGUAGAGUAAUCGUUCUUAACAUUUUUUCCCUUUAAUUUCUUUUGUUAAGUAAAGAGGAAAAAAGGGUUCAAUUUCUUUUGUAUCAUAAUUAUUUUAGGCCCUUAAAUAAAUUAGAGAGUUUUUAAGGGGUUCAAUUUCUUUUGUAUCAUAAUUAUUUUAGGUCUGUUUUCGGUUUUUCCAAGUCGGUCUAUUACAUCGUACGGCCUACAAACUUUUAUCUAUACUGAAACCCUAAGUAGAAACGAUUCAAGUCAAAAGGAAAAUAUAAUUUGCAAGAAAGAAUGAUUAACAAGAUAAGACUACGAGAGCGACCCAGAGAGGACAGAUCACAACCAAGCAAUAUUCCUAAUGAUCUAACCAUGGAGAUACUCUCAAGACUUCCUGUGAAUUCAAUCGUGAGAUUUGGAUGUGUCUCGAAGCGAUGGUCCUCUUUAACCAGACUUCCCAAUUUUAACAACUUGUUCAUGUCUUCAAGGAAGCCGCGUCUCCUCCUGGUCACCUUCUCAACAGGGUUGAAGCAAUAUGGUAUAUUGUUUCCUCAACACCAGAAUCCUGACGGUUCUUAUCCUCCGUUCUACAGUUUUCAAAUUAAGAACAUUAAUCAUCCGACCUAUGCUCGAUCCGAGAGUGUUCAGGGAUUGAUUUUACUACCCGGUUUCCAAAUUUGGAACCCGACCGUGAGGCAAUUUUCAUCCUUACCACCACCCAAUGAACACAACCCGAAUCAAAAUUGUAAGUGUUAUUUAGGAUACGAUCCGUUGGAGGGUAAACACAAAGUUCUCUGCAUUGUACAUUCCGAGGAGGUAUGGGUUCUUACAUUGGGAGCUCAAGAAUCAUGGAGGAUACCAACCAAAGGUAUCCCUAAGCAUUAUCCGGAAGCAUAUGGGCCAUGCAUCAAUGGAGUUUUGUAUUACAAAGCUCAUCUUUUUGAUUAUGAUUGGCAAGAAAUAAUAAUGAGCUUUGAUGUUAAAUCUGAAAGUUUCAGUCCGAUAAAGUAUCCCAAGGCUCUUUCUCGUUUGGAGUUUGAUAUGUUACCUUAUGAGGGAAGGGUAGCCUUGGUUAAUUAUAAAAAUAACUUGAGUAAAGUUGAUCUCUACAUUUUGAAGGAUGCAGAUGGACAAGAAUGGACACAUCAAAGCUUUAAUAACAUGAUUUGUGAAAGCACAUUGAGAUCUCCUGUGGUUUUCAAGGGUAUUACUGAUGAUGGUGAGCUUGUUUUUGCACCAUAUUUGUUGUCAGAAUCGUACUGUAUUCUGUAUUUCGAUCCUAGUAGAAAUAGUACUAGGGAAGCCUUGUUUGAAGGAGUUAAGGGUGAGAUUAGACGCUGUUGUGGAAUUGCCACCCGCAAUAUUUACAUUAUGGAUGUUUUCCCAAAUCACAUCCAGAGUGUCGUGUAUUUGUAAAGCAGGGCACUCUCUUGCUCAAUGCUAUUCAUAUAUUUUCUUGUGUUCCUUUUCAUUGACAAUUAUUUUUUAUGAAAAUUAUAUUAUUGGCUUGUGUGUUUU